CGGCGGCGAGGGGGGGCCCGCUAGCCCCGGCGGUCUUUAAAUUCUCCCGCACUUGGGCGGCUUGUGCACUCUUACCUGCCAGUCCGUAGCGAGUGCCGCAACGCUCUUGCACGCUCUAGGACUCCUGUCCUCUGCUUUAGGCGGAAAAUGCUGUUGCUUGAUGGCAACCCAGAGGUGGAUAGUGUGAAGCAUCUGUUGGAGGCUGGGGCCUCGGUCAACGCACCUCCGGAUCCCUGCGAGCAGUCGCCUGUCCACUUAGCCGCAGGUGGCGGCCGUGCUUGCUUUCUUCUCUGGCAGCUGCAGACCGGCGCGGACCUUAACCAGCAGGAUGUUUUCGGAGAGGCUCCAAUCCACAAAGCAGCAAAAGCUGGAAGCCUGGAAUGCCUUAGCCUGCUUGUAGCCGGUGAUGCCCAAAUUGAUUUAUGUAAUAAGAAUGGGCAAACAGCUGAAGAUCUUGCUUGGUCAUAUGGAUUUCCAGAAUGUGCUAAGUUUCUUACAUCAGUUAAAUGUAUGCAGACAAAAAAAUCAAGUGAACCAUCCAAUAGAGAUUACUGUGUUCCAGUGCUCAGACAGAAACGAAGUUUUGGAAGUGCAGAAAAUACAAGUGGGAAAAGGAAGCGUUGAUGUCUUGUUGGGUACGAAGAGGUGUGAGGAUAAGACCUCGUGCAGACCUACCGCUCAGCUACAAGCCAUGGCCUCUGGCUCGCCAGGUGUGUCUAAGCUCCUUUUGAGGAGGAGGAAACUUUCUUCUCAGAGAAGAUAACAUUUAUGAAUGCAUGUAUUUACAUGCCUGUAGUAUUUUAGUUGGGCAUGCUUUGUCUUUUAAGUUAUUAAAGGAAUGUCUAAAGAAUAAA